GGCUCUUCCGGUGUGGAUCACCGAGUCGUGAAAUGCUGUGGAGUAACUGAAGUGUCAGUGCCUGUUUCCGGAAUAGGCGAGGAAAGGCUGAUUUGGGCGAAAUAUAUAUCAGGGAAACAUUUUUGUCAUGGCGCUGGGGAGGAUGGCGGCGCGACACUGGCUGCGGAGCGGCUCUUUCCUGGAGACGCGUUUCUUUUGCGAGGCUCCAAGAAUGAAAUCCGGCAGCCGCCGACAGCUUUCUUCAGGACACGGAGGAAAAAAGGGAGGCGAGAUGUUUGAAAAAUCCAGAAUUUUCAGAAGAGGGUUUACAUUCUCAACAUUGUCUUACUUGGGAUACAACGCUUAUCUAGUAAUCUCUCAGUCUGCUAUGGUUUGUGCUGAUGUCAAAGUUAAUGAAGUCCUAGAUCAAGCAGACUAUCUCUAUGGAAGUGGAGAAACCGAAAAGCUUUAUCAGUUGCUGAGUGAAUACAAGAACAGUGAAAAUGCACAAUUGUUGUGGCGUCUGGCACGAGCAUUACGUGACCUUGCUCAGCUUAGUCAUACUUCAGCGGAGGAAAAGAAGCAGCUGGCUUAUGAAGCCCUUGGUUAUGCAGAGAAGGCACUUGAGAAAGAUGCAACUUGUUUUAGUGUACACAAGUGGUAUGCAAUAUGCCUCAGUGAUGUGGGAGAUUAUGAAGGAAUAAAGAAGAAAAUUGCCAGUGCUUUUGUUAUUAAGGAACACUUCCAGAAAGCAAUUGAUCUGAAUCCAAAGGAUGCUACUUCACUUCAUCUUAUGGGCAUUUGGUGUUACACAUUUGCUGAUAUGCCGUGGUAUCAGAGGAACAUAGCUGCUGUUUUAUUCUCAACACCACCCAGCUCUACCUAUGAAGAAGCAUUACGCUACUUUCAAAAGGCUGAAAAUGUUGAGCCAAAUUUCUAUAGUAAAAACUUGCUGUUCUUGGGAAAGACAUACAUGAAGUUAAAUAAUAAAAAGAUGGCCCUUCUGUGGUUAACAAAAGCUAAAGAUCGGCUACCACAUGCAGAGGAAGAUAAGCAGGUACAAAAAGAAGCCUUGGAACUACUAAACUCUAUAUGACACAAUUACUCAAAAUGUAUGAACUGAUUAACUAAAUAACUAACCAGAAAGCUAAAUGGUUAUAUUGUGGUUCCAGUUGGUAUAUGCUUUACAAAGGGAAGAAUUUUUAGAGAAAAAGAAAUUCCAGAUUUUACCGAUAUUUCCAUCUAUAUCUAUCUAUCUAUAUGUAUAUAUGUUCAGAAUGGAGAGAAAAAAAUUCAAGAAGCAGCUAGUAAGUAUUCUGAAAUAAUAGCUUUUAGUUUUAAUUCCUACUUUUCUUGCUUAAACUGUAAUCUCAAUAAUUGUCUGGCAUACAGAGAAAUCAUUUUAGGUGCUUCACUUUGCUGACUCCAUUGUUUUUGUUUUGGACAAUUUUUUAAGAGGACAGGCUAUGCUUUGCUUUUAUAUGUCAAAGGUUAAAUUGUAAGAUGUCUACCCUCAGCAAGUAAAGAUAUUUUAAGCACUGUGGUGCCCCAUCUUACAUUCUUGAUAGCCUCAACAGAUGAAUGAUUUUUGAGGUUUUUUGGUUUCUGGCAAGGUUUAGUUACAGCUUCCUUGGUGUCUUUGACAUCUUAAUCUUAUAGUUCCAUGGGAGUGUAAUCUGUUUGCUGCUUUUAAAUAAUGAUAGCCUUUGUUUAUGACAGGAUGCUGUUUGAAUGAAUGAAUGAAUGAAUGAAUGAAUGAAUGAAUGAAUGAAUGAAUGCACCAUAUCUAUAAAAAAAGACACCAAAAGAAAAAGCAUAAAUAAAAAAUGGGAGAAAAGAAAAAUACAAAAACAUAAUAAAGUUCAAGUUUGAAACACAGCGUUAAACCUUGACCAUAUGGAUUGAUACCUCUUUUUGUUACAUCAGUAGAGUCAAGUCAUAAGCAGAGAGCUAAUCAGCCCAAGAAUUUAAAUCUAGGAUGGCACAUCUUUCUACCAUAUAAGAGUAAGAUCAUGCUUAUACUUCAGUAUGAAGAAUUCUAAAUCGUGCAAAUAGCUAAUAUCUACCUAAACAGUUAUCUUUAGUUUUUUAUGAAAAAAAAAUACUGUAGAUUUGAAGUCACCUAGAACACAUUUCACUCCUGAUAGUAACUCGGGAAUUUUGGGUGCUGUUAAUGUAUCUGCAUCAGAUGCAGAACAGCUGACCCUACAUGGUAAGAGGCUGAAGGUUUCCUGUCCCCAAAGCUCUCUGGGUUGACACCCCUAGAAAGCAAUUAAAUGACCACCUCCUGGCCAUGUAGUGACUAGGAAAACAGCCCCUCUCUGCCUUCUCCUUUGUGGGAAAGUAAAAGUCUCAUAAUUGUUAAGCAGAAUCUGUCUUUGUUAAAACAAAGAAAAGAAUUGGGAAAAUGCCUUUUACCUUUAAGCAGAUACAUGUGAAAUUCUGCUAAAGAAAUAAAAAUGCAGGACUGCUCAAAUCACAGACAGCAACUUAGAAGACGUUCCAGUAUAAAAAUAUAUACAAAAAGAUAAGGCUCCGCAGUUCUUAUUUAGAAGGAACUCCUCUCACAACAAAGGCAAUUAAACUUAAUACUACUGUUAGCUAACUUUUCCCUAUUCUUCUAGAAAAUACUUUGGUAUUACCUCUUUGCCAAUUUGUUACCCAAGAAAUCCUUCUUCCUGCAAAUUCUAACUUUAACUGUUGGAGGAGCAUCUGAAUUCUUUGUUUCCACUUUCCCUCCCCAUGUUAGCACCCAGAUUCUUGUCUCCCUCCUGACAGAGUACUGUGGGCAAUUGCCAAAGGAAUAAAUGCUUUUCCACCUGGAGAAUGAGGGGUUAGAAAAUUAUGUGAACCUUUUGACACAGUAGAGCUUGAUUCCAAUUUUAGUCAAGUUUUAAAGAGUUGCAAAGCAUAUUUGGAAGAUGUUGGUACAUAGUUUAUUAUUCACAGGAAGCCUUAUUUUUCAGAAUAUUUCAGAGGGUUUCAUGUAGCAAAACCAUUUAAACAUUUGCUCAUUAAAACCAGCAAGGUG